GGCAUUUCAUCCGUCAUCUGUAUCUUCCUGAAUUGCUUGUGUUUUUGCCGCUUAUGCUGUUACGAUAAGACCUAGAAUCAUCCCUACAUCGACUCGAUACCACUGACGGCGAGGAUGGCCGCGUCCUUGUGCCUGCGUGGCUCUCGCCAGCUCGCUCUGCGCUCUCAAUUGCGCUCAAUUCACCCCUCCAUCACGCGCAGCAGACUCCUCCCAACAUACCGUGCCGUGCACAGCUCAUCACAACAAUCGCACUCCGCUAGGCGCCCCAUCUACACUAGCUCAGUGGCGGACCACGGAGUCCCUCAUCCUCGCGAUGUUUUUCAGCCCGUAGAUACGUUUCCUCGGCGCCACAUUGGCCCUUCGCCAGAAGCCGCUGAGGAGAUGCUCGCCGUUCUUGACCCUCCGGUCAAAUCUCUCGACGAGUUCGUCAAACAGGUGCUCCCGGCUGAUAUCCUCUCGAAGAAGGAUCUGGCCGUCACGGCUCCAAGCGCCGACAAUGGCCUGCCGCGGAGCAGUGUUCAUGGUGGAUUGGGAGAGACGGACAUGCUGAAGUUGUUGGACAAAUACCGGGAACAGAUUGACGUCAGCGGGAAGACAUACAUUGGUGCUGGGUACUACCCCACAAUUGUGCCUCCAGUGAUCCUCCGAAACAUCCUCGAGAACCCGGCGUGGUAUACUAGCUACACUCCUUACCAACCGGAGAUCAGUCAGGGGCGUCUGGAGUCGCUCUUGAACUUCCAGACCUUGACCGCGGAUUUGACCGGGCUCCCGUUCGCCAAUGCCUCAGUUUUGGACGAGGCCACUGCGGCGGCCGAGGCCAUGACCAUGUCGUUGGCCACCCAGCCCCUUGCGAAGCAGAAGAAGGCCGGUAAGACCUACGUUGUCUCUCAUCUGUGCCACCCUCAGACCGUUGCGGUGAUGCGCUCGCGUGCGGAAGGAUUUGGGAUCAACCUAGUCAUUGGGGACAUUCUGGCCGACGACUUCAAGAUCGUUAAGGACCAAGGGGAUAACCUGAUCGGUGUUCUGGCACAGUAUCCUGACACCGAGGGUGGAAUCUACGAUUUCCAGGGCUUGAGCGAUGCCAUUCACACUGCUGGCGGUACCUUUAGCGUGGCCACCGACCUGCUCGCUUUGACCGUCCUGAAAGCGCCCGGCGAGUUCGGCGCCGACAUUGCUUUUGGUAACGCUCAGCGAUUUGGUGUUCCUAUGGGCUACGGUGGUCCUCAUGCCGCCUUCUUUGCCUGCGCUGACAAAUACAAGCGCAAGGUUCCCGGCCGUGUUGUCGGUGUGUCCAAGGACCGGCUCGGUAACCGUGCGCUAAGACUGGCGCUCCAAACCCGAGAGCAGCACAUUCGUCGCGAAAAGGCAACCAGCAACAUCUGUACGGCUCAGGCCCUCCUUGCCAACAUGAGUGCCAUGUACGCUGUUUACCACGGCCCUUCUGGGCUGAAGACCAUCGCCCAGCGCAUCAUGUCGAUGACUGCCGCUUUGCGGGAGAGACUUGCGGCUUUGGGCUACAACGUCCCUGCCAAGUCCAACGUCUCUGACGGUGCUGCGGUUUUCGAUACUAUCACGAUCGAAUUCUCGAACAGUGAAGAGGCCGAUGCUAUUAUUGCUGCUGCCCGUCAGAACUCGAUCUUCCUCCGGCGCGUCUCUGCUACCAAGGUCGGAAUCUCUCUCGAUGAGACUGCUGGCCGCGAAGAGCUCAAGGCCAUUCUGCAGGUCUUUUCCGCUCACGCCAAAGCCGAGGCUGCUCUUGACCAGGAACUCGGCCUUGCUUCUAUCCCAGCGAGCCUGGAGCGUACUUCCGCCUACCUCACCCACCCCGUCUUCAACACCCAUCACUCGGAAACGGAGAUGCUGCGGUACAUCCGCCACCUGGAGUCCAAGGACUUGUCUCUCGCCCACUCUAUGAUCCCUCUUGGCUCCUGCACUAUGAAGCUUAACGCUACGACCGAGAUGAUUCCUGUCUCAUGGCCCGAGUUCUCGCAGAUGCACCCGUUCCUUCCUGCAGAUGUCGCCAAAGGAUACACCCAGAUGAUUGAUGACUUGGAGCAGCAGUUGGCCGACAUCACUGGAAUGGCCGAGGUUACGGUCCAGCCGAACUCUGGCGCCCAGGGCGAAUUCGCAGGUCUGCGUGUUAUCAAGAAGUACCAGGAAGCGACCGGCAGUUCUAAGCGCAAUAUCUGUCUGAUCCCGGUUUCUGCGCACGGUACUAAUCCUGCUAGUGCCGCUAUGGCAGGUAUGAAGGUUGUAACGAUCAAGUGUGACACCAAGACGGGCAAUCUUGAUCUGGACGAUCUGAAAGCCAAGUGCGAGAAGCAUAAAGAUGAGCUAGCUGCUAUCAUGAUUACCUACCCCAGCACAUUCGGAGUGUACGAGCCCGGCGUCAAGAAGGCUUGCGACCUUGUGCACCAGUAUGGUGGCCAGGUGUAUAUGGACGGUGCCAACAUGAACGCUCAGAUUGGCCUCUGCUCUCCGGGCGAAAUUGGUGCCGAUGUCUGCCAUCUGAACCUGCACAAGACUUUCUGCAUUCCCCACGGCGGCGGUGGCCCCGGUGUUGGUCCUAUUGGUGUUGCAGAGCAUCUUCGUCCCUACCUUCCCUCUCACCCCAACAGCGAAUACCUCCAGUCCAAACGAACUGAGAAAUCCUCGCCGCCGAUCAGCGCUGCGCCUUGGGGUAGCGCCAGUAUCCUUCCUAUCACCUUCAACUACAUUAACAUGAUGGGCUCCAAAGGCUUGACCCACGCCACUAAGAUCACCCUCCUCAACGCUAACUACAUCCUGUCACGCCUCAAAGACCACUACCCCAUCCUCUACACCAACGACAACGGCCGCUGUGCGCACGAGUUCAUCCUCGACGUCCGCAAGUUCAAGGACACCUGCGGUAUUGAAGCCAUUGAUAUCGCCAAGCGUCUACAGGACUAUGGCUUCCACGCCCCGACCAUGUCCUGGCCGGUGGCAAACACUCUCAUGAUCGAGCCCACGGAGUCGGAGAACAAGGCCGAGCUCGACCGCUUCUGCGAUGCUCUCAUCUCGAUCCGCAAGGAGAUCGCCGCCGUGGAGAGCGGUGAGCAGCCGCGUGAUGGCAACGUCCUCCGAAUGGCGCCUCACACCCAGCGCGACCUCUUGGCGACAGAGUGGGAUCGCCCGUACACCCGCGAGCAGGCGGCCUACCCUCUUCCUUACCUUCUCGAGAAGAAGUUCUGGCCCUCCGUGACGCGAGUCGAUGAUGCCCACGGAGACCAGAAUUUGUUCUGUACAUGCCCGCCGGUGGAGGACAGUGAAUAAUUAUGAUACCCAUGUAGAGUUUUGACGUUUAUACACUUUCAACAUCCGGGGUGGCUGUUGUGGCAUUGCGAGAU